AUGUCGAUCCCAGAGCUUCAGUGGGCUCAGGUUGCCGAGAAAACGGGCGGGCCUCUGGUAUAUAAACAGAUACCUGUUCCUAAACCAGGCCCUGACGAAGUUCUGGUCAACAUAAAAUAUUCCGGUGUUUGCCAUACCGACCUGCACGCCCUGAAGGGUGACUGGCCAUUGCCUACCAAGUCGCAUUUGGUAGGUGGGCAUGAAGGCGCUGGGGUUGUUGUCGCCAAGGGUGAAUUGGUAAAGGAGUUCGAAAUUGGAGACCACGCCGGUAUUAAAUGGAUUAAUGGAACUUGCCUUGCAUGCGAAUUUUGCAAAAACGCCGACGAAUCUGUUUGCCCGGAUGCUUUACUCUCAGGGUAUACCGUCGAUGGAACUUUCCAACAGUAUACCAUUGGGAAAGCUGCCCACGCCACAAAGAUCCCUAAAGGCCUAGCUUUGGAUGCUGUUGCUCCGGUCCUGUGUGCUGGUGUCACCGUCUACAAGGGACUCAAAGAGUCUGGGGCGCGUCCAGGACAGACGAUAGCAAUCACCGGAGGUGGUGGGGGAUUGGGAUCCCUCGCCAUACAGUAUGCAAAAGCAAUGGGCCUGCGGGUAAUUGUCAUCGAUAGUGGAGAUGAAAAGAAGAUGAUGUGUGAAAGUCUUGGUGCUGAGGCAUUCGUCGAUUUCUCAAAGUCGAAAGACGUUGUUCAAGAUGUCAAGGCGGCAACUCCUGGCGGGCUAGGCGCCCAUGCUGUUCUUCUGCUCGCUGUCGCCGAGAAGCCAUUCCAACAAGCUACCGAAUACGUUAGGCCACGAGGGUCCGUUGUCGCGAUUGGUCUCCCAGCUGGCGCAUUUCUGCGAGCGUCUGUUUUCAGCACCGUUGUGCGGAUGAUAAACAUCAAAGGCAGCUACGUCGGUACGCGCCUGGAUAGCGAAGAAGCUGUGGACUUUUUUGCAAGAGGCUUGAUAAAGGCUCCGUUCAAAACGGCUCCUCUGAAAGAGCUUCCUCAAAUUUUUGAACUAAUGGAACAGGGCAAAAUCGCUGGAAGAUAUGUGCUCGAGAUACCCGAGUAG